AAUGCAAGUAGAUUCUCUUCAUAGAGAUCAAAUUUUAAGAUUAAAUUCAACAGAUGGUCAGAGAAUACAGCAUUUACAUGAUAGCCAAGCAGAUAUCAAUUCUCGAGUUUCUGAUCUAGAAACUUCGUCUUCCAAAGUUUGCAGUAAUAUGAAGGAAAAUUACUUGGAAUUAUCCAAAGAUGUAACAUCAUUUUAUAACGAUGGAAAAGAAAAAAAUAAGCAAUUUCAGGAAAUUAUAGAAAAGAAGUUAAAAGAGCACGAAAUCGAAAUUGAGCAAUUACGAGAGAACUAUCUUGUUCAAGAAAAUAAUGCCAAAAAGAAAAUAAUUGAAUUAAAUAACGAAUUGGACUGCUAUAAGGAAAAGUUAAGAGGAGCCCAUGAUACUGAAAGGGAACUUACAUCUCUCCUGCAAGCAACAUCGCACGAAAAAAGAAUAGUUGAAGAAGAAGUCACCUCUCUCCAAAUAAAACUAUCUGAAUUAAGCGCUAAAGCCGAGGAUGUUCGAAAACAAUUUGAAGAAACAGUUUCAAAAAGAGACCUUGAACUUCAAAUAGCUAAUGAUCGACACCUAUUAGAUCAAGAAACGUUAAAAAAAACUCAAGCUAAUGCUGAGGAAGAUUCAAAGAAAAAAGAUCAAAUUCUUAAGAAAUUAGAAGACCAGAUAUUGUCGGAACGAGAAAGCUUUCAAAAGGAAAGGGUACGCUUCGACGAAAUUUCUCAAGAUGACACAGCUAAAAUCCAAGAACUUACAACUCGUUUAGAAAACUUGAAAGUUGAAUCCGAAAAGAAAGAUAAUUUAAUACAAUCUCUACAAACAGACUCUACAGAUCUUAAAAAAGAAAAAAACGAUCUCGAGAAAGAAAUUAGUCUUCUGAAGCAUCAAAUUGAGGAAAAUGGUACUAAUACGGAAGAAAUGCGCAAAUGCCUGGAAGAUCUCAUUGCUAGUAAAGAACGUGAGAUGCAAUUGAUGUCAAAUCGAUUAGCAGAAGAAUCACAAAACUUUACUCGUGCAAAAGAAUCUCUUGAGAACGAAAUUCUGAAGAAGGAAAAUGAUUUGCAUAUGCUGAAAAGUGAAAUGGAUGAAUCAAAGGAACAUUUUUUGGUUGAAAAAGAUUAUUUACAAAAACAAGUGGAAGAGAUGAAAGACCAGAAAAUUCAAUUGACGAACGAAUUGCAAAAAACGAAUUCAGAAAUAGAAAAUUAUAAAAGAAAUAAUGUAUGCUUGAAAACAGAUAUAACAGAAAAGAACUCUCAAUUGGAGAGCAUUCAACAAGAGUAUAAGACUCUUAGAGAAAAGUUGAAAAAUUUUGAAGAGUUGGAAAGGAAUAAUAAUGCUUUGUGUCAUGAUUUGAAAGCCACUCAAGCAGACGUUGAUACCUUAAACGGUCGUAUCGAAGAUUAUAAGACUUUAAUUGAAGAAAAUAGUCUGAAAGAGGAUCUAAUAGUCCAAAUAAAACAACUUGAGCAUUCACUGAGAGAUACAAGUGAAAAGUUAAAGGAGCUUACACUAGAACGUGAUUCCUUUAAAAUUCUAUUGCAAAAUGAGAGGAGCUCUGAAAACGAGGAAAUCACCGUCAAGGGACCCUUGAAAAAUAUCUCAGACAAGCUGAUGAAUAUUAGGCUAGAAAAUCAAGCAUAUAAAAUAAAGAUAGCGGAUAUUGAGAAUGCUUUACAUCAAGAGAAGGAAAGUUUACUGCAAAUGACGGAUAGAUAUAACAAGAUGAGGGCCGAUUAUGUUGAAGCGCAAUUAAAAUUGCGUGAUAAAGAAGAGGAGAUGCAAGUAAUUUAUGAGAAGAAUACGUUCUAUCAAAAUGAAUACAAAAAACAAGUCGAACUAACUAAUAUAGCCGUAAGCAAUAAAGAAGUUGCCGAAAGCGCUGUCCAGUCCUUGACUAUUGAUUUGAAAAAGUGCCGAGAGGCUCUUGAAAAGUCCGAAAUUGACCACACUGGAGCUAUUACAAAUCAAGAUAAAGUAAAGAUACAAAUAGAAUUUCAAAAGAAAGAAAAAGAACUGAUAGAAAAGUUAAGAUUAUCGGAGAAGAAAUGCUUGCUGGCAGAAUCUCGAGAGGAGAAAUUAAAAAGAGCACUAGUUAGAAUGGCGAAAGAGAGCGAGCAAUUAGAGGCGAAGAUCAAUCAAUUAAAUAUUGAAUGUAAGGAAAAGAUGGAGUUGAACAGAAAAAGUCGUAUUGAAACGAAAAAAAUUUUUGAGAAAAAGAUGAUCGAAAUAAAGACUCUUACGCAGGUGCUGGAAUCCAAACACAUCGUAAUUGACGGAAUGAAAAAUAACGAACAGACCUUUAAGCGAAAAAUAAGAGAUCUGAAAAAAGAAACAUUGUAUUAUAUAAACGAGCUGAAAAAGGCCAAUAUAACUUUCCCUGAAUACAAGCCUGAGAAUUAUUCCCACUCUGAUUAUAGGAAGAUGAAUAAUUUUCCUAUGGAAUUACCGGUACUCUCCCCUCAAACUGACUCACAAAGAAAUAAUAAGCAACCAUCCAGUAGGGACUUUUUAAGAUUGCUCGACAAAGCUGUGGAGAAGCAGGAAGGGAAGAAUAAAGCCAUUAGAUUUGAUAAGGAGGCUAAGAUGGGAGAUGGUGGAAGUAAGCCGAAAAGAAUGAAAAGAAAAUUAGCUGAUGAAGAGAAUGAUGAAUUAUUAAUAUAG